AUGGCCUACACUGGAAGCUUCGACAUGAACGGCACUGUCAGCAUGCAGGAUCUCCUCGUCGAGAACGUAGUGGAUAACGGUUAUCCCUACAUGGAUCUCACUUUGCCCGAGCUGGAGGGCGUUGAUCUUGAGUUGCCAGACUUCCUGUACCUUGAAGGAGGCGCUCUCCCUCCUCAAGGCCAGCAGGAUACCACCAGCGGACUGUUUCAAACCCAGGACGCUAUGAACAACCUGCAGACUCAACUCCGACUACAUCAGGACAGGCUCUUUUGGCUCCAACAAGAGCAUGCCAACAACGUCGGAGCGCUUCAAGGGCAGAUCGAGGCACUCACACGACAAAAUCUGACGCUGGGACAACAAAAACAGACGUUGGAACGACAGAAUCUGACGCUGGUCCAACAAAGACAGACGUUGGAACGACACAAUCAGACGCUGGUCCAACAAAAACAGACGUUGGAACGACACAAUCAGACGCUGGGACAAGAAAACCAACAGCUGCACCACGACAACAUGAUGGUCAAAGACUUCUUCAACACGCUUCGAGGCAUGUACGACUUCAUGAUCGGCCCGAACGGCAGACUGUUUCCAGUAAUUCCCAACACCACGCAGCGUGCGGUUCUGGAGAAUCACGAAACAAAGUCACGACUCCAACAGACAUAUGAAGCCAAAAUCGAAAAACUAAGGGAGCAGUACCGCGGUGUAGUCGUCAAAGGAGACCUCUGCCACCUGUGUCCAACCCACGGCAACCACCGUGUGCCGGUACUAGCUCCAGUUGUCGAACAGGCUGCUCUCGACUUUGUUGGCCUCGCCGUCGAGAAUCCACAGCCACCACGUCCGGCUGUUGGUAAGUACACAGUUCAACAGUUACUGGCCGAUGCUGCUCAGCAAGAGCUAUCAUUGCGGAGCAGCAAACCUGACCGGCGAACGAUCAAUCCGAACCAUGCCACAACUCGUCCUAAUCAAGAGACAGAACCACAAGGGAACACAACAACUACCGCGGCAUUUCCACCAGCGACCCAAGCCCCAUCGGCCAAUGCAGGAAGCUCCCAAGCCCCUGCAACUCGACCCCCGAAACGUCCAGCACCACUCGCAACGCCGCCUUCCGAAGUCGAACCGACCAGCGCCCCGAAGCGUCAAAAACGCAAACAGUCCGACUAUAGUUGGAUACAACCAAGCAACAACGAUGCUUUGAAGAAGGCAACCGGCUAUCUUCCUCAUCCUGUAGAAGAGUGGAAGCGUCAACAAGCUGCUUCUGCAACUGCCGGGACAGGAUUCCGUGAAGCCGUUGCCGUCUUUAACGGCGCAACAACCACCCCAGCCGCGAAGCCUCCGAAACCCGCCUCAGCUCCAAAGCGUGCGCCCAAGGCUACCAAGGCUCCAAAGCCUGCCAAGGUCACCAAACCCAAAUCUGCGGCACCAAAGCGGACGAACGCCCGCGGAAACAGCAACGCCAUCGCGGGUCCCAGCGGUGUCACCUCAGCAGCCAAAACUCCCGCCAUGGAAGCUGCAUACGAAUCCGAAUCCGAAGAAGACGAGGCAUAUCAAGCCGCACGCCUGGGAGAUCUCGACUUGGAAGUUAUCGACCACAACGACGGUCAUUACCUCCCGUCGGUGAACGCCGGCGAGGACCCUCAGUCCUCGUCUUCUUCUCAGUUGGAGGUCGACGACGACGAUGUGGCGGGCAUUCUCGCUAUGCUGCUGGACGACGACAACAACGGCAACAACGGCAACAACGGCAACGACAACAAUAAGGCAGCACAGGCUCCUUAUCCACAGCCAGAGCAGAUUACCUGGCAGGAUGAAGAGAGCGAGGUCAGCGAGGAGGAGUAA